AUGCAUUCAGCACAAGUUCAGUCUUGGACCCAAGGGCCACGGUAUGUCUCGGUUGACAAUCCACCUACACCAUCAGAUAGCCAAGUCCAACUCCGCGUCUUGGCUGCUGGGGUUCACCAAGUAGUUCGCACCCGCGCCUCAGGAGCCCACUACUCAGCCAGGGUGCUUCCUCACACCCUCGGUAUCGACUGUGUCGGCAAAGACGAGUCUACAGGCAAGCUCUACUAUGCCUUUACUAUGAACGGCGGUACGUUUGUAGAACGUAUCAACAUUGAUAAGUCUAACGUCUAUCCGUUAACUGAUCUUGUCGAUCCAAUAUCAUUCGCUGCGAACCUAAAUCCUGCCAUGAGCAGUUGGAUGGCGAUCACUCAUCGUACUACCAACCUACCAAAGGACUUUACUGCAGUCAUCAUUGGUGCGACGAGUGCUAGUGGUCGCUUGGCCGUACAUUCGGCUAAGGCGUUGGGAGCUGGCAAAGUCAUCGGUAUCGCGCGGAACAGCGCGACUUUAGCCGACGUUGACGGCCUCGAUGAUUAUAUCGUGCUCCAAGAUCCUGUAACCGAAACUAACUUUUCCAAAAUCCAUAACGUUGAUGUUAUCUUGGAUUACGUUUAUGGUGACGCGACUGUGCAUCUACUUACAUCGUUGAGCCGGGUCAAGCAGCCGGUACAGUACGUCCAAAUCGGGGGUCUUUCUCAGCAGACUCCCCAAAUCCCUUCCCGUCUCCUCCGGUCCUUCGACUUAACUAUCCGGGGAGCGGGAGCAGGUUCUUGGAGUAUAUCGGCGCUAAUGAAGGAGCUUCACACAAUGGUUCCGACGGUGGCUAGCUGGAAGCUGACCCCCGCUUGGUCUGUGCAGCUCAAGGACAUCGAAGAGACUUGGAAUGACGCAUCGUUGAAGGCCAAGGGUAGAGUAGUCUAUGUGCCCUAG